AUGGCGUGCCGGUUCGUGCAGACUCACACGUCGCCGGCACCUCAGCCCCGCAUCACAACGCCGAGCGCCAUUGUAGCUCAUGGCCUCCGAAGGCCGGCGGUGACCAUCGCGGGGGUGGGCUCCUUGCUGUCCCCGGCCUCCGCCCGCGAGAGUUUCGACUUCAGCAACUUCCGCCUGGGGGAGGUGCGCGGCUGGCGGCGGUGCUUCUGCCAGGCGAAUUGGGUCACCGUGGUGUGCGGUGCAAGCCGCCUGGAAACCAACGAAGUGGCCGCGCUGGCCAUGGCCGGACGCCCGAAUGGGUCGAUGCCAAAAGCGUGCCGGAGCCAGACUUUGUGA